AUGAAGUCUGGCCUAGGUCGAACCGGCGUCCUCAUUGCAUGUUACCUGGUGUAUUCGCUGCGGAUCCGAGCGAACGACGCGAUACGAUUAGUAAGAAAGAAACGGCCAAAAUCCAUACAGACAAGUGGACAAAUCCUGUGCGUUCAGCAGUUUGAACAUUACAUCCUGCCUCAAACCUUCGUGUUCAGCUCUAAAGAACCUGUAAAACUAACGAAGGAUCCCAAAACCUGUGAAUUUACCCUAAAGCAGUAUUUGCAUCGACAAAGAGCGACAUUACACGGCAUGGACGAGAGGGUAUUCAGAGAAUUACCAAAGAUAGUGUAUUGUGUCUGUGAGCGCCUGUUAAAGUUAUGCGGUUGCCAAGACAGUGCCGGCCUGGAUUAUCGGGUCGCAAAUAAAGCCUUCUACAAAUGUUUUAUAUCGUAUAAGCUAAAACAGGGAAAACCACCCGACUUGACGACGCCCGAAGAAAGAUUACAGGCUGAGGUGCCAACUCUUCCGAUGGUAGAAUGGAGAGAUCCAGUUGAAGAAGAUGUUGAAAGGAAUUUAGAAUCUGUCAGCAGGUAUACGGGCAGCUCGGGCAUCGCUGCUGUCCAGGUUUAUGAUGCUUUCAUAAGUGACCGUCAAAGUCUUGCAGAAGACAAAGUGAAGUAUAUCAAACAAUUGCAAAAUGAAAUUAACCAGCGAAGAGACGGAAUGGGCAUGAUUGAUGAAGAGGAGGAUCCAAUAGUUUUGACGGCACUAUUGUUUGAAUGGCUGGAAGGUCUAAAGCAUCCAGUGCUGGAUAAAGAAGAUUUAUCUAACAUUGUAUGUCGAUCGACAAAUGUACAAACUUGUAUCAUGGCUUUGCAAAUGGAGGAUAUAAUGCUAGUAGAAUAUCUAUUACGCUUCGUUGUAAGAUUACGCCCUCUCGUAGCUCACAAAAAGGUCGACAUUUUAAAACGCCUACUCGCUUCCUUGGCACACCAUAACGCCAAUAUCAACGGAAAAAUGCUUCCGAAUAAAACCUUCCCAAAAUUAAGAGAUGGAACAUGCAGUCACGUAGUAAAUUUUAUGUUACGUAUGGUUAUGGAAAUAAACCAAGAUAUUGCUAAACCAUCUCGCUUUGACUCUGAUGUUAUUGUACCUCCCAGAAAAUUAAAAUUAAAAGCAUGGACAUAA